AUGAACGCUUCCGAGCCAGUGCACAGGACCCCAUUCCCCCGUCUAGCCCAACCCACCCACACACUCAACUCCUCGCAGCGCUGGCAAGCCAUCACCAAACGCGACCCGACCAUCAACGAUUUCGUCUACGCCGUCCGCACCACCAAGAUCUACUGCCGCCCAUGCUGUCCCGCCCGACUUGCCCGGCGCGCCAACGUCCAAUUCUUCGACACCGCAGCGCAAGCCGAGACCGCCGGGUUUCGAGCGUGUAAGCGCUGCCGGCCCCAAGCAGAAGGCACGGCGCUUGCAAACCACCCCCAGACGGCUUUUGUGGACCAGGCGUGUGAGACCAUUCGGGCUCAGCUUGCGGUAGGGCUGAAACCGCGCUUGCAGGAUCUGGCGGCUCAGGCUGGGUUGACGGCGAGUCACUUCCACCGGGUGUUCAAGAAACGUGUGGGCGUGACGCCUGGUCAGUACAUGAGUGGUCUUGUCCAAUGGGAUUCCUGGUCAGGGUCGGACUCUGCGACACGCCUGAGUAGUGUCUCGGCUUCCAGGUCUGAUGGUGAAGUGUUGCUCCGGGAGAUGCCGGAGGAAAUUUGUAGUGAGAACAGUUCCGUUGGGGGGAUGAAUGGUCGGUGGCCCGGGCCGAUCUUGCUGGGGUCUAUGGAAGGGACACAUUUGCCUGAAGUCCAUCAAGACUGUUUUCUGACUGCUGAUGCUGUGUGGAAUGACUUUGAUGCUGUGCUAGCGCUCGAGGCUGAGCCCGAGGCCGAGCCCAAGACACCAUCGAUGGCUACAUUAGAUCUAGACCUGCCCGGUCUUGACUAG